CCGGAUCAGACCGAGUGUUGUUUGGGUGCGCGCUGAGGCCGAGAAGACUAAGCUCGCAGGGCUCGCCACGCGCAGGAUCCCCAAACGGGGACACAUGUUCUGCUUGCGCGGCUGCUCCAGGCUCGUCUGCUCCUCGUCGCUCAUGGCCACCAAACCUCAUCGUCUUCACCAAAUUGUUGCUGGUGCUACUCUUCAGGGCGCCUCCAAGAAGCCUAGGACACUGAUGGUUGAUUCCGCCAUGCAAGACGGAUUCUCUAAGUACGCUGAGUAUCUCAAUGAACUUAAUGAUAAACGGGAGAGAAUUGUAAAGGCAAGUCGUGAUGUGACAAUCAAUAGCAAAAAGGUCAUAUUCCAGGUACACCGGAUCAGCAGAGGAAAUAAAGAAGAAGUUUUAGCUAAUGCAGAAAAUGAUCUUGCAAAUGUGACCAAGCAAUAUAUGUCAAAGCUAGUUAAGGAAUUGCAAGGGACCGACUUUUGGAAGCUUAGAAGAGCAUACACUUUUGGAGUUCAAGAGUAUGUCGAAGCUGCGACACUUUGCAACUUUUGCAAGACUGGAACUCUCUUGAACCUUUCUGAGAUCAACGCUAGCUUGCUCCCUCUUAGUGAUCCAUCUAUUGAACCCUUGCAGAUAAAUGUCCUUGACUACAUUUUGGGGAUCGCAGAUCUCACCGGAGAACUGAUGAGGCUAGCAAUUGGUCGAAUAUCAGAUGGAGAAGUUGAAUAUGCUAAGAAGAUAUGCAGCUUCGUACGGGAUAUUUAUCGGGAGUUAACUCUUCUAGUACCCAUUAUGGAGGACAAUGCUGACAUGAAGAAGAAAAUGGAAACUAUGCUUCAAAGUGUAGUGAAGAUUGAAAACGCUUGCUACAGUGUACAUGUUCGAGGAUCAGAGUAUAUUCCAUUGCUAGGUACCAAUGAUCCCGAUUUCUCCCUCUUUGGUGCAGCCGACUUCGAACCAUGAAUAAGAAACUCUACUUGUCAGGCAUUGUUUAGUCUUUGCUGAUAUAAUUUUGAAUCAAGACUUUGAUACCAAUGCCAUUGCCAAGCUUGGCAUUCUAUGCCUCUUGGAAAUUUGAAUUUCACUUGCAUUCUGUUCACUUGGUACUGGCAGCUCUUUUAUGAAGCUUCUUCAUCCUUUCCCUUUCUCUGUUUACAAACAUUUUACUUGUUUCUCAAGAAUGUAUUUUGGUGGUUGGGCUGAUGCUAACAUUGGAGAAAUUUUGAGAAUGAUGCUUGUGAGAAUAUGGUACUGUAUCACUGUAUCAUGUGGUUCAUUGCAUUGAAACCUUAAAGUUUUCUCUGCAAAGCUGCAAAUUAGCUUGAACUUUUUCACUUUUUUCCUUAAUCAACUUUCUGAAGUGUUGGUAUUGAA